CUGUUUUGGAAUAAUUAAUUCAUAAAAAUAUUAUUCCCAUGGACACAAAAGCUAAAACUGAAGAGACCAAGAAAGACAAAAAGGAAAAGAAAGCCGAAGCCACCGCCAAGGCAGGCACUAAGAAAGUUGAAGUAGAAGAGUCUAAGACCUUGCCUAAGGAUACUAAGAAGGCAGACAAGAAGAAGGCUGAGAAAGCUCCAGCUAAAGUUGUGAAGGAGGACAAGGCUGAUCCAGAAGUUUCAAAGAAAACCAAGAAAGAGAAAAAGUCAAGAGGAGCUGGUGCUGCAAAGAAAACAACAUCUAAAAAGACCCCAGGUGUUAAGAAGACUGCAGCCAAAACUGUAGCUGCCAAAUAAUCUUUUCCUGUACAAGCAAGGGAUCCAAACUAUAAUAGAUUAAAUAAAUUAUCUUAUUCCCAAAAAAACUAUAAUGUAUCAU